GCAAAAUUGACCGCUUGAACGCCGAUUUUACGCUCGAACAAAAGUCCGCCAUGGUGACGACACGGCACCAUCCGCAGGAGUUUCCUCCUCCAGCUACUUCCGCCUCAGCGUCGAAGCAAGCUAUAUCGAAACGGGAGCAUUCCCCGGCUGUCGCGGGCCAUUGGAUGCAUAUUCCGUCGACACUGGUAAUUCUAUGGCUGGUAGCCUCGAUCCCGUUGGUAAUCUGGGAUACUGGUUAUGUCCUCUUGAGGCCUCAUAGCAUGCCCGGUGGCGCAUUGCAUUCCGUAUGGUCCCCGUAUGCACUCUACGGAACGGUAGACUACAUAUAUGGCUGGCCAGCAUACAGGGCUCGAAACGGCUUCACGGCCGCACAGGCGUCUCUCAACGUUGUUGAGACAAUUGCUUAUCUAUUUUAUUUGUGGACUGUUUGGACACAUGGAAAAGCGCUCGGAUCCCGUGGAAAACUCAAAGCGCCGACGCGAGGCAUAAGCUGGUUUUUAUUUGCCAAAAAGCAUGUUGGUGGAAGAAUGGGCGCUGUUGCAUUACUGGUUGUCUUCAGUGCCAGUGUGAUGACCCUCAGCAAGACCAUCCUCUACGGCCUAAAUGAAGCAUUCUCUGGGUUCGAUAAUGUUGGACACAAUAGCUUUUCAGCGCUGGUCUUUCUUUGGAUCAUUCCUAAUGGACUUUGGAUUGUUUUUCCAAGUUUAGCAACGUACUCUCUCGGAGCAGAGAUUAUCGACGCGCUUGAAAUAGUCAGUGGUGUGUCUCACAAUACGGCUGAGAAUACAAAGCCAAAGGCUUCGUAAUCAUGCUUGGGCCCGUACGGAGUAUUGGACAUAUAUCUAUGAAAACGCAUUUCAUGGUACCUGCUCUUUGACCCUUGCGCUGUUCGCACUUUUAGCUACUUUGACUGGCUAAUCAUGUAUUUAUUAUCCUUCUAUCGAAAUU